CAGUCACAGCACCCUUUAAAAGUAUUUUCAGUCUCCAUGCACCCAGUCUAAAAUAGCAGUUAUAAUCAUACAAAGUGUAGGGACACCCUAGAGCAGUGUUUCUGAACCUCUUUUCAGUCAAGGCACCCUUUAAAAUUAUGGAUAGUCCUAAAGCAGCCUUUAAAAUUAUGGACAGUCUUGAGGCACCCUUUAAAAUUAUGGACAGUCUUGAAGUACCCUUUAAUAUUAUGAACAGUCCCAAAGCACCCUUUAAAAUUAUGGACAGUCUUGAGGCACCCUUUAAAUUUAUGAACAGUCCCAAAGCAACCUUUAAAAUUAUGGACAGUCUUGAGGCACCCUUUAAAAUUAUGGACAGUCUUGAGGCACCCUUUAAAAUUAUGGACAGUCCCGAGACACCCUUUAAAAUUAUGGACAGUCUUGAGGCACCCCAUUCUAAAAUGUGA